UGUUGCCAAGUGAUGUGUUCUGGAAUUCUUAACCAUCACUACCAGUUGGCUACCUGAAGCAUCGUUGGCCAUUUAACAAAAUGACUGAAAAACGCAAGUCUUUAUAUAUGCGAAUUGGGGUUCAAAUACGUAGGUAUUUCUCCAGGCUGCGGACCCAACUCCGGAAAUGUUGGAGUGUCAUUGUUAAGGGCUCUUUUGUUAAUAAAGAAGAAGAACCUAGUCUUCCAACUGAUAGUACUUUUUACAAGGAAAGAAUUAUAGCACUUGGCUACGUGUUGAAGAAUAAAUCUCUGUCCCUUGAAAUAAGAGCUCAAGCUGCGAAGAAAAUUGGACUUCUGGCCUUCACAGGAGGACCAGGUGCUGAGAAACUUGCAGCUGAGUACAUGAAAGAAGUAGCUCACUUGUUGCAAAAUGAUAUCGUGGCACCCAGAAUUAAGAUCCUGCUGCUCAAGGGUGUAGCGUGUUGGUGGUACUUGAACCCUGGGAGCCAGAAAAUGACCAAACACCUGAACUUCAUUCAUAUUCUUACAGGAUUGUUGGAAAGUCCUCUUGAAUAUUCCGUCAAGGGAGGAAAAAGCAGCCUCCUACUCCUCGUUAAAUUUUGGACUUGUUAUGCUCUCUGUGUCUUAGUGUACAAUAACUUAUCUUUCAUAGGAGAGCUUAAAAACUACAAUGCUCUAAAAUAUAAUUUGCAAAUAUUGGCUUCUGAGAAUUGGUUUGGAUGGCCUGAGAAUUUUGCAGAACUGCUGCAUCACCUAAUUUGUCUUUAUAGUAAGUAAUUUCUCUAAAUCAGUUACACGAUGCAGCUAUCUGUGCCACUGUAUUAUCUUGGCAAGAGACCUGAAAUAAAUAAUAAA